UAAUACUACUGUGAGAGAGCAAGAUGCCUGCUGGAAGGUCACUGAUCAUAACCCUCUCCUUCCUUCUCUGGUUUUCCUUCACCAUCACCAAACCAUUAUCACUGGCCUCAGCUUAUAGUGGUGAAGAACCAGUGAAUGACGUCAAUGGAGAACCACUUGUUGCAGAUCAAGAGUACUACAUAAUGUCAGCCGUAUGGGGAGAAGGAGGUGGCGGGGUUAAACCAGAAAAAACUGGGGAUGCCUCAUCAUGUUCAUAUUCGGUUUUGCAAGAAAAUUCUGACCUGAACAAGGGUGCCCCAGUAAAAUUCCAUGUUCAAGGAACAAGCACAGACAAGAUAUAUCCAGGUUCUACUGAUCUGGAAAUCGAGUUCGCGGAAAAACCAGAUUGUGCCGAAUCCUCCAAGUGGGUGGUGGCUUUUGAAUCUGGAUCUUCCUCGAGGGUGGUUAUUGGAGGGCCUGAAGAUCAUCCAGAUUCUGAGUUGGUGAGUGGUGUUUUCCAGAUCGAGGUGUUCAACGCGAUUGCUUACAAGCUUGUGUUUUGCCCCGGAGGCAACAUUGUGGGUUCUUCUUCUUCUGGUACUUGUUAUGACGUUGGCGUUGAAUAUAAGAAGGAGGGAAGCAGGAAUCUGGUUGUGGAAAAGCAUAACAGUGGAAAUGUGUUCAUGGUGGCGUUUGUGAAAAGAGCUGAAUCUGGUAAAGGGAAGUUCAGUAUUAUAUGAAUCAAAGCAGCUAAC